GCUCGUCCCACCUUGACUGUGUUUAUAUUGGCCCGUUGCCGUUCUGUACGGCCUGAUGAGAGAAUGCAUUCAUUUGAAUGAGCAUCUUCAUCCAAGUUUUUAAGUGACUUUGACACUUUUGAAUCAGUGAAGACACAAAUAAAAGUGAAGAGCAUGAGCUCUAUUAUUUAACAAUUUAUCAAGAUAUUUAUUUAGCAAGUAAUACUAGUUCGUUUUUUCUCACAGCAAUCUGUCAAAAUAAAUAAAUAAAUAAAUAAAUAAAUAAAAUGACAGCGAAACACCGCAAAGGAAAACUCAAUCACAGACCCGAGGAGAACUCACCCAGCCCCGCUGCUGUUGACCCGGAGCCGCAGGGAGGAGGAGGCAGUCACAGCGGGUCGGUGCUUGUUUUAUUCCUGCUGUUCGUGGCUGGAGGUGCUACCGCGGCUUGGUUCUGUUUCCAGCAGCACCAAACUGCAACUUCCCUGGCAGACAGCUUCGUGCGCUUGCAGAGCAAACUCGCUCAGUUGGAGAAUGUCGGCGAGCAGCUCCGAGAAGCGAACGAAAAGCUGUCCAGCAUUAUGGCAUACGAGCAGAGGUUGAGCGGUCUGGAAGAGACUCACAUCCUGAUAGAGAAGCGCGUCAGCAAGGCCACGGUCGCCAUGGACCACGCCCUGACUUCUGACCUGCCCAGUAAACUGUCCGCCCUGCAGGCACAGAUAAAGACGGGCCUGGAUGAAUUAAAGGAAUCUUCAGCCCCCAAAGAGGAGCUGCGGAAAACCCAGGACCUUGUAGAGCUUCUCAAGACCACCGAGCUGGAAUUGCUGCAGCGGCAGCUCGACAGCAUCAUGCAUACGAGCUCCGAACUGAGAGAAAAUGUCGACUCCUUGUCUGGUACUAUCACUGGGUACAUGGGGAGGGUGGGCGUUUUGGAGGAGUCUUCCAUGACUCACAACCUGGCGCUGGUGGAAGUCCGAGAGGAGGCUGCAAGGCUAGGCAAGACCCUUCAGGCUCUCGCUGGCAAUGCUGUGGAAAUGGAGGUCCAGCUUGACCGCCAUGCCAAGCUGCUCAACGCCCUGACGUCUCAAUUGGAGGAGCAGGGGAAGGAAGUCCUGUCGCUGAAGGAGUCUGGUGCCAAUCAGAAGGCAGAGAUGAUUAAAGGCGAACAGGAACUGGCUAAUGUCAGGAAGGUGAUGCAGGUUGCUGAGGCUCAGAGGGCCUCCCUGGAUGAGGAGCUGAACUCCAUUCGCCAGGAGCUGACGGACCAGAGCAGGCAAACCCAGAACUGGAACACAGAGCUGGGCUCCUCGCUCGAGGCUUCCCAAGCCCGAAUCGACAAGCUUGAGAGUCUUCCCCAGGCUAGCCAGCAGGGGGAGAUACAGAGUGUCAGACAGGCACUGGAGCAGCUGGAGAGCAGAGUGAGUGAGACUGUGCAGCAUUGUUUUUCAGGGGAAGUGGAGGCUCUCUGUGGGGAGGAGUGUACCUGGCCCUUGCUGAGAUCAGUCUCCUUCCCCGAGCCUGUGGCUAGGCUGCCAGUCAUCACUGUGGGACUCGCUCGAGCCAGCCUGGGGGUGACGGUCAAGGUCUUGGAUCCCGGUCACUCUGGCUUCACUGUGCAGGUUGACAGGAUAGGGGAGCCCGGCCCCACCAGCGCCACGGUCAGCUGGAUGGCGUGUGCCUAAACGGUGAAGCACAGGAGACGGGCACAGCGAGGCAAACACCCUGGCUGCUCUGCUUGUGAGCUAUGCAAACAGGGGGGGGGGGGGGGGGGGGCAGGAAAGGUUCAACUUUAUUUUUUAAUUUUGGCAGCUGUUUCGACUCCCAUGGUUCAUAGGACAGGAAAUGUCUUUUUAUUGGUCAAAGGUACACAUGCAAGGCGGCAUUUUUUUUUCCUCUGUAAUAAAUAUAUAUACACAUUUAGUAGAAUUUCAAUGAUGUGGGUGAAACAUAAAAAGUGACACACAAACACACUAUUCUUUUGUUAAAAAGUGCAAAUAAAUACAACUCUAUUAAAAAAUGCUUUCCUGAUCUCACAUGUUCUUUACAGCAGUAGCUCCCUCUGGUGUUAAAUGAAUGAAUUUCAAGUGGUUUCAUCCUGUGAUUUUUCAAUGGAAAACUAGUAAUACUUAGACAAAAGUUUUAAGAUCAGGGUAUAGAAGAGUACUAGCUGAAAAAACAUACCCAAUAGAAAUAUAUAGUUUCUAUAAAGCCAUCUGUAGCACCUUGUAUAUUUUGUAUAUGCACUACACAGAGUUAUACAUGCAUAUGCUGUCUACAUAAGCGUUUGUAUCGUACAUUCAUUUACAGCAUGCAGACUCCACAUUAUUUAGCUAAAUGUAUUUCACUUUUAGUGGCAGGGAAAGGGAAUUUAAGGAAAGACAAAAUCAUUUUUUGUUUGUGUUUUUCAAAUUUAAAUUUAAAUUGACCCAUAUUUGCUCUAUCUAUUGAUUUUUCUUCCCCCUCCAAUAUUCUUAUUAAUUUCCCAGUUAAAGUUAAUGCAGUUGGGUGGUACAGAGCUACCAGUUGUAAUCUCACGUUGGGCUCAUGAGCGUUUCACUGUGUGCUAUGGGUAGUCUCGAUUCUGUUUUUCUUAUUGCGGAUGAAACUCCUUUAAUAAAAAUCAACCCUAGGUGUUGUGGGCAUGGCUUUUAUAGUUUUGUUGGGGGCUCUGCUGAGGAGGCACCUCUCCGUGUUCUGGUGCUUGCUUUCAACUUGAACUGAUUCGAUUCUGGGAGAGCCUUCGGACUCACGCUGCAAAUGACCUUCAAAGCUUUGGAAUUGAAAGAAAGUGGCAGGGAUUUCCGGCAGGAAUCUUUGACUUGGCUUCACUGCAGCAAUUGCAUCUGUUUCUAAAUUGAAUGCAUCGCUCGCAGUGAAAUACGUGCCAGAGCUGUUUUGCAGUGUGGGUACUAAGAGCUUAUUAAUGUGUUAAAACAAUUGGAGAAAACUCAGAACUUUCAUCCACCAGUCAGGUUGCUCCAGGGCACUAGCACAUGGUGGGUGAAUGCGGAACAUUCAGAAUGUCUAGCUUAAAAUAAAAGUGCAGCAGAAACAAAACACUGGAACGAUGAAUAGAUCUGUGAACGAGUUUUAUAAUGUUUAAAAAUAGCAAUAAAGGGCACUA